GGACGGGUUGUUUUCAUUCGAUUUUCAUUCCAGGUUUGUCUAUUGCAUUCUAUAGUUCCCUGGAAUUUAGGUAUGGAGGAAAGUUUUCCAUCCAUUUUAAAUUUAAAUGUCGGCGGUUAUGUAUAUACAACGACUUUGGACACGUUAACACGCGAUCCAAAGUCGAUGCUCGGAGCAAUGUUCAGUGGACGGCAGAAGAUCGCUAAGGACACGAGAGGAAACUACUUCAUUGACAGAGACGGAACACUGUUCCGCCAUGUUUUAAACUUUCUACGGACUUCGGAGCUGUGUCUUCCUCAAUCAUUUGACGAAUUUGAUCAGCUUAUCGCGGAGGCAGAUUUUUAUCAAGUCGGGGACCUGAUUGAAGCGCUGCAAAUUUUCCGGGAAGAUCGGAGGAGAAACAUGCAGCUCAGCGAAGGUCAAGGAUCGAUCAUUGUUUCAGUGGACAGAUAUCGAAAUCAGUUAUUGUUAAGCGGCCGGGAAGAUCUCAUUAAAGAAGUCUUUCAAGGGUAUAUCAAACAGUCGGAGCUUGUAUUAACGUUGCUCCCCGCGCGGGGAUAUGUGAGGGAUUACCGGGUACCCUGGAGGCCCGGAGGUUCCGAGUUGACGAAGGCGGAUGCGUUCGAUCUAUUGUAUGGACAUGGUUUUGUAUUGGAAGGUUGCAACGGUGGUGGUAGUGAUGGUGAUUUAGCAGGAACACAAUUCCAAGAGUAUAUUUUUGUACGGAAGAAUAAACUCUGACAAUUUUCAUUUUCAUUUUUUUUUUUUACUAUACAGGGAUAUUUUUUUUAGCCCUGAGAAUUUAAGUUAUGCCAUCUAUUGCACACACCCCUUCUUAAAGAAAUUGGAGGGAGGAAUUUUCAGAGUAUCCGUACUUCUUGGACGAUUUGUGUUCGUGUCUUGCCAAUGUUAACCUGAAGAAAUUAGAUACAUGCAUGGCAAACUUCUUUAAAAUACCACAUUCAUUCAUUUUGACAAGGUGAGAUUAUCCAGCAAGGACAAAGCUAGGACUGUAGUGAAGAUUAAAGAUAACUGUAACAGUUCCAGGCUUUCAUACAAUGUGGGGAACAGAGAAAGAAUUGUCGGAAUCAGAAAGUACCCAAAUGAAAAUUUUUUGUCCAUCCAGGCCUUACUUUCUCUCCAAAACAGGUUGGGGUCUGGGCUGCUCCUCAGAUCUACCCCAUGCAGUCUGUCAGAAUGAGACAAAGUAAGGGAGGCAAAUCGGCCUAUUGAGAGCUAUAAACAUUGGAUGAAAGAGCUGUUUGCAAAUGGUGCAAUAAGAGUUAGUGCUCAGAGGUUCCUUUGCUGGUUCUUGUAAGCUUUUGUUCUUCCAAUAUUUUGUCCAUCGCACUUUGAGUCCCUGACUAACCAACCCUAGGUCAUUGAGGAAGAUACUUCCUAUGUAAGUGCCACAGAAUAAUUUAUACCCCAAGAAAUUCCACAAUAGAGUACAAUGGAUGACAUGUGUUGUGCUCUUGGGCAGCUGUAAAUACGUAUUAUAUAACUUUAUGUUCAUCCUCUUUUUUAGUAAGUAUAAAUUUCUAGAAUUUUGAACCCUAGAAUUUGUUAUUACAUAAAGCCAUUUUAUUUCUUAGGAUGAAAGAAUUAUUUAUUAAUCGAUGAUUUUUAGACUAAUAUUGGAUAAUUUCAAUAACUCUAGGAAUAAUAAUCGUUUUAUUUAGUGUCAAUUACAAUGAUUAAUGUAUGGUUUUAGAGUGCAUUUUGUAGUAAUUCUCUUGUAUUUGAAGUAUUUACACACAUACAUAAUAUUUCACAGUGUAUCACGCUUUUGGCCGAACAGGUCAUGUUGAGGAAGAAUAAUAAUUUAAGAUAAAUAAAAUGUAGAUCCAUUUUGGA